AUGGAUGGCGAAAAGGGCGAGUUCCAGGCCCUCGGCGGCUCUCUGGCUCUCGAUCAGAAGGGCGAGUUUCAAGCCCUAAGGGGCACACUGUCACUCGACCUCUCCAAUUGUAAACUACGCAAUCCUCAACCGGCACCUACUAAUAGCGAACCACGCAAUGAUCCCACGCUCGAACAAAAACAAUACGCUCAAGGAUUCUUUGAUGCUCUCCGUACGGUUCAACAGAUCCAUAAUUUUGAAUUUGAAAAGAAAGUUCUAUCACCGGGAUUUAUAGCGCCAAUUGUUGGCUCAGAACUACUCACACCGCUCAUUUCUCCUUCUAGUCGGUAUGUUGACAAUCAUUGA